GGGCGGGGGCACCACCGAGACGGGCGGCCAGAGCGCCCCCCCCCCCGCCAACAUGGCGGCGCCCGGCGAGGGCGAGAGCGAGGGGGCGGCGGAGGGAGCCCCGGGGCUCCUUCCCCGCAGCCGGCAGUGCCGCCGCCCCGCCGCAGCGAUGCUGGCCGUGCCCUUCCGGCCCUUCUGCGCCUUCCUGGGCGGCCUGGGGCUCCUCUGCCUGGCCUUCGUCGGCGCCUGGUGCCAGCACUGGCGCGGCGGCUUCGCCUGGGACGGCGGCGCCCGCAUGUUCAACUGGCACCCGGUGCUGAUGGUGGCGGGCAUGGUGGUGCUGUACGGCGCAGCGGCCCUGGUGUACCGCCUGCCCGCCGCCUGGCGCGGCCCCAAGCUCCCCUGGAAGGUCCUGCACGGCGCCCUGGCCCUGACGGCCUUCGGCCUCACCGUGGUGGGGCUGGUGGCCGUCUUCGGCUUCCACAACGCCUCCAAGACGCCCAACAUGUACUCGCUGCACAGCUGGCUGGGGCUGGCCACCGUGCUGCUCUUUUCCUGCCAGUGGCUGGCUGGCUUCAGCGCCUUCCUGCUGCCCUACUCGCCCCCCUGGCUCCGUGCCCUCUACAAGCCCAUCCACGUCUUCUUUGGCUCCACCAUUCUCAUGCUCUCUGUGGCGUCCUGCGUGUCGGGCAUCAACGAGAAGCUCUUCUUCAGCCUGAAGAACGGGACAGCAACGACGCCGUACAACCGCCUGCCCCCCGAGGCCGUCUUCGCCAACAUGCUGGGGCUCCUCAUCGUCCUCUUCGGGGUGCUGGUGCUGUGUGCCCUGGCCAACCCGGACUGGAAGCGCCCCGAGGACGACUCCACGGACACGCGCCAGCCCCUGCUCGGCACCGAGCGCUGACGCCUCCGAGAUCUGUCCCUGCCGUCCCGGGGCUGCCAGCCUGGAGCUCUCCGACCCCGUUGCUGUCCCGCCUGCCCCGACGCCUCGCCUUCGCCGGGCUGCCUGUGCCCAACGCUCUUCUGUUGGUGGGAAGAACGGGGUCAGCUGCCUUACAGCAGAGAUGCCGCUGCAGUGGGGAUGUCUCUUUGCCUCCCUUGUGGCCCAGCACUGGCCUCCUGCCAGCCUCAGGACAAGAGCAGCUGCAGCGCCGCGCUCCUGCCUGCGUCCUCGUGCCUCUGCCUGCCAGCUCCCGCGGGGUCCAGCUGUCCCCUCGCGCCUGGACCGCGAUCUGUGCCAAAUCGGCUGCCCCUGAGCCCUGCGGUGCCAUCUCGGGCACCUCGUCAGGUUGGAAGCCGCCAGAGGAGCACCCCGUGACUGGUGGUGGUGGGACCCAGCACAGCGUGGGCUGCCCCAGCCCCGUCUCCUCCACAGGGAGGGCAGGAGCCCUCGCGCCGUGCCUUACCCUUCGCGGGGAUGUGUGUGUGGUGGUGGGACCAGCUCAGCAGCCCUCAGGGACACCUAAUAAAAUGCUGGCUUCCGCA